GCAAAUUCCAUUGUUGGCUUGGCUGCCCUUUCUUGAACUUCUCGAGAAUCAUUUGUCAUAUGCUCCCUGCCUUUACUUCUUUGUCCUCUUCUUACCCUCGGAAUGUAUAAAAAUGGCUAACAAGAAUAUGUCAGCCGUGAAAUUUCAACACAAACAAGAACAUAGAUUCAGUUGUUUAUUCUUAGAUUCGAUUGUGAAUAUUAUGGAAGUGAAAACUUGGAAACCCUACAAAGAGAGUGAAAUUUGUUAGGGCUCAAAUUUUUGUAUUUGAAGCGAAGCCCGUCAACGAGUGAGUUCUCACGACGUCGUCCCGUCACCAGCUCCUUGUCUCUUUGCUCUUUGUUUCAAACGAUUCCUCGAGCACAAAUGCUUCGAAACUCUCAGAAGAUCACGACCUCCAUCUCUCCAGGCAGCACUGGCAAUCAAUGGCCACAGAACCAGAUGCUACUUGAUGAUCAGAAACCCACUCUCAUGGCCUCAUCAUCAUCCGCCAACAAUAAUCACAACAACAACAACAACAAUAAAGCCAUGGAGAAAACCAAUCAAGAUCAUCAGCCUCUCAGGUGCCCUCGCUGCGAUUCCUCCAACACCAAGUUCUGUUACUACAACAACUACAGCUUGUCUCAGCCCCGCCACUUCUGUAAAGCCUGCAAACGCUACUGGACCAGAGGGGGAACUCUCCGGAACGUCCCCGUCGGCGGCGGCUGCCGGAAAAACAAGAGGGUCAAGCGCCAGGCCCCUAGCGGCGGCGCCGAUGGAGGAAUUUCGUCGUCCUCAGCCUCAGCAAACCCUAGCGUUCAAUCUUUGACAGAUCUGUCCCCGCCAUCGAGUCACAUCAACAAUCCUUUGUUCUACGGCCUUUCUACCAGUCCUCUCGAGCUCAAUUUCCCCUUUUCCGGCCUCGGAUCGGCUAGGGUUUCCAGCGCCGGAUUCGAUCUUCAGCAUCAGAUGAAUGGGCUUGGAAUAGGUGGUUUCUCGUCGGGACUCAUGGCGGCGGAGCUGCCGUCCGGCGACCAAAAAAACGGUUUCAAGCAAAUCCAGGACGUGCUCGCCGCUCCCAAUUCCCCGUUUUAUUCAUCUGCGGGUAAUCAUAAUAAUUCUCUCUUCUUCGGAUCUUCAUCGAACUUUGCAGCAGCUUCGACUUCAACAAUGGCGUCUUUGCUUGCUUCCGGGCUUCAACAACACAAAUACAAUACUGCUAACAGCGAUCAUCAUCUGAUUCCGUAUGGUGAAACUGAAGCUCAAUUAAAUGGAGAAAUGGGGAAAGAAUUGAAAAUAGGAGACAACAUCAGGUUCCCUCUUAUGAACCCUAAUCAUCAUCCGACGGCCCAGAUUAAUUCCUCCGAUUCUUCUUCUCUCGUAUGGAACACAGCUGCAAAUGUUGGUGCUUGGUUCGAUCCUUCAAACAUAGGAACGAAUAAAAAAACACAUAUCAGAAUCUCGAUUAACCAUGGUAGAACUGAUUUGGAUCGGAGUGUUCCUGUCGGCAGCAAUCAAGCACUACAUCGAUCAUCAUCGAUCAGCCUGCAAUUAUUUUUGAGUUGGGAGGCUGUCCUCAUCGUCGUUAACUCUGCGCUGAGAGGAACCUCGGAUCCUCUUCCCAUCUGCCAAAAAAGCUUUGCCAUGAGCUGCAACAUUAUCGUCUCGGAGGGCAUAAUUAAUUAGCAGAGAAGCUAAUUAAGGUUUGAUCCUUUAUGUGAAGUUUUCCAGUUCUUGGAAUAUGAUUAUGUGUAUAUAUACAUCUAUAUAGAUUAUUUAUAUCUAUCUGUUCAUGACGCUGAUUUAAUGUUUUGGCACAUUAUUUCAGUAUGUUCGUUAGGUUUUGGGGUGGGGUUUUAAUUUUUUUUUUUUUACAUAUGUUGGAUUUAAGAGACUUUCUUGGAGAAAGUGAAGAAGGGUCAGAUCAUUAGGACUGUCCUAGUGUUCUUUUUUUUUUUUUAACAUUUGUUGAUUUUGAUGCUCAGUUUAGAGGAAAGGGUUGGGUAUAUUGGUAUUGGGUAAUGGUAUACAAGAGUGGGAGAUCCUUAUUUCAAUGUAAGUUCAAAUUUCUAAAUUUAAUUGCUUUUUCAUGCUUAUAUGUAUAUGAUUUCUUUUCUUCACUCUGAUCUGAUUAAUUUCUUUAUCUAAACUUGUUGCAAUGCAAAAAACAGCAUGCAGAAAUUUUCAAAAUUCACGUAUAUGUAUGUAUAGUAUUGCAGUAGAGGGCAAUGUGAAGCUAUAUCUCAAAGUAUAGGGGCUGGAAAUGAUAUAAUUUAGAUUUCAGGGCGCGAAAAGAUACACCCUCUUGAAAUAACUCCUCGGCCCGUAAAGAAAGUGAAAGUUAUA